CAACAAGUUGAAAAAUAGAAGAAGACAAAUAGAAACAGCGUCCGCAAAUAGUGCGCAAAAUAGUGUUUUUUUUUGUUAACGUGCAACAGCGACAUUGACUAACAAGUGGAGCGGUGAAUGCAAGUGAUAGUGCGAACAAAAACAAUGCAAAACACUUGACCACGCAACGAAAACAAUUGAGCGACAUACCACACGCACACACUCACAUGUGCAGGCACCCACUCGUGUAAGAGAGAGAAAGAGAAAAGGAGAGCGGGAGUGUGUGAGUGAGUGAGAGGCAAGAACUGUAACUGUAAUAUAAUUGAUAAAACAAAAAACGUCAGGAGCAGGAAUCCAGUGUGUGGGAGGGAGAGAGGAGAACGACGACAGGACUGGGAGACAGCGACAGAGAGAGCUGAAAAGGAGGAGGAAUUGUUGUUGCUAAAAAUAGCAACAAAUAGACAGUCAAAGAAGAAGGCGAAUAAGAAGCAGAGCAGCAAGCAGAAGAAGAAGAAGAAGCGUUGACGCAGGCAAAAAGUCGCAGCCUUUUUGGCCACUUGGACUCUCAAUUUGUCCCGUUAGCCAGCGCUAUCGCUCUCUCGGCUUGGCCAACAACAUAAACAUCGAUAAUAACAAUUAGAAGAAAAUCAACAACAGCAACAGCAGCAACGAUAACAACGGAGCAAAACUAUGCUUUUGAAAUUCACAAAAACCAGUGGCGCUGGACCCUCGUCCGUACCGCUGCUGCCCCCCAACCCCUCGCCGGGCUCCAGUUCGCCGUCCAUGCAGGCAACAACAACAACGUACGCGGCCCGCGGAACAGGCAUGAGGAUGACCAUGUCCACGAAUUCCACAAUGAGUGCGCGAAUACAUCGGAAGGGAUUUCGCAUACCAUCGAAAAGACAGCCGGGUAAGGGAUUGCCCGGUAAGCUGCAUACCAUCACCAGGGCGGGUCCCGGCAAGCUUGUUCCUGGGAAGCGAAUACCACAACGACCCCAUCCGCCGCCCUGCGACAACUCCAACGACAGUGGCCUGGGGUUCGACCAGCACACGGAGCUGAGGUCCUCGGCGGGGGCGGGGGGCGUGGCCGACGCUGGGGGCAGUGGGAGCGGCACCAACUCCGGCCAGCGGUCCAGUUUGCUGGUCAAUAGUGCGCUAACCAACACAGUGGCUGCUGCAGCGGCCGCAGCAGCUGCUGCAGUGGCCAGCAACACGUUGCAGCAACAUCAGCAGCACCACCAGCAGCAGCAGCAGCAACAACAGCAACAACAGCAGCAACAGCAACAGCAGCAGCAGCAACAACAGCAGCAGCAGCAACAUUCACCGCAGCAGCAUUUAAUACGAGCGAUACCUGUAUCAAGAUCGCGGCACGACAAGAAAAUGAUGGGUCACUAUCUGGAGGAUCUGGAGGAUCACCUGAUAUCGGCGUCCUCCUCGGAGGAUUCGGCCGCCUCGACGCCGCCCUGUUUGGACGAGGAUACGGGCUUUGUGAACGACAGCAGCUCGACGACCAUUGGUGGCAAUAGCAACUCGGAUCCAUUUGGAGGGGUUUUCCAGGCCACCGAAGCAGCCGUGGCAGCAGCCGUAAAUGCCUUCACCCUGCAACAGCAACAGCAGCAGCAGCAGCAACAUCAGGUGCAGCAGCAACAUCAGCCGAGCCAGCAGCAGCAGCAACAGUUUCAGUACAACGGAUUGCUGUUGCAGCAGCAGCAGCAGCAGCAACAUCCUCAUCCCCAUCAGAAUCAGCAGCAGCAGCAUCAUCAGAAUCAGAAUCAUCAGCAUCAUCAGCAUCACCAUCAUCAUCAUCGACAUGGCAAGCACAUCAAACGCAAGAAGCUCGAGUGCAAUCAGGUGGAACUGGACAACGAUGAUGCCUGCAGCGAGGAUGAGUUUAUCCGUAAGAUUGCCAGCACGGUGGCGGUGACAUCAGCGGCGGAUGACACGCCCCCCCCGCCCCCAGUGGCCGCCCCCGCACCUGCCACGCCCACUGUAAGCCUCCUGCCGCGCAUCACCAACAGCAACAGCAACAACAACACUGAGACAAAAUUCAUAUCGGCCAGGACUGUCACCCGGGUGGCGAACAAGCGACAGCCCACCACCCCGCUGAACAGCAUCGCCAGCUCCAACGAUGGCCUGGUGCAGCUGGAGAUCGUCUCCCAGCCGGAGCAACAGCAUCGGGCCCGCUACCAGACGGAGGGCAGCCGUGGGGCAGUCAAGGAUCGCAGUGGCAACGGAUUUCCCAUCGUCCGACUGGCCGGCUACGACAAGGGCGCCGUCCUCCAGGUGUUCAUCGGCACUGAUAUUGGACGCGUGGCGCCGCACAUGUUCUAUCAGGCCUGCAAGGUCGCCGGCAAGAACUCGACGCAGUGCAACGAGAAGAAGGUCGACGGCACCAUGGUCAUCGAGAUCGAUUUCAAGCCCGAAACGGACAUGACCAUCACCUGCGAUUGCGUUGGCAUCCUGAAGGAACGCAAUGUGGAUGUGGAGCACCGCUUUCCGGAGCACCUGGCGCAGAAGAACAAGAAGAAGUCAACCCGCUGCCGGAUGGUCUUCCGCACCCAGCUGACCCGUGACGAUGGCACCACCGAGACCCUCCAGGUCUGCUCGAAUCCCAUCAUCUGCACUCAACCACCUGGCGUACCGGAGAUAUGCAAGAAGUCUUUGAACUCGUGUCCCGUCGACGGCGGCCUCGAGCUCUUCAUCAUUGGCAAGAACUUUCUCAAGGACACGCACGUGGUGUUCCAGGAGACCUACGACAGCGUCAAUGGCGACGAUCCGGCCACAGAGAUUGCAGUGCGCCAGCAGCUCAUCGGCGGAACAGCCGCCCUGUGGGAACAGAGCGUUCUGCCGGACAAGGAGUAUCUCCACCAGACCCAUCUGAUUUGCACGGUGCCGCCGUAUCUGCAGAGUAUCGUCAAGCCGGUCCAGGUGCAGGUGUCGAUCGUCUCCAGCGGCAAGAAGAGCGAACCGCACACGUUCACCUACACGCCCAAGGGACAGUACACGACGCUGGCGGCGGCCAGCACGUUAAGUAACACAAUCCACGCCCAAGAUGUGAGCGGUUUCAUGGACACCACAUCGGCGCCGGGUGCGAGUUGCCCCAGUGGUUGGAGCGGGGCCAGCGGUUCCGGGAAUCCAUCAGUUCCGGGCGACAACGUGGAGGCCAAGCAUGAGAUCGAUUCGGGCAUGAUGCCGCCACCGAUUACCACUCAAAUACCGAUGGGCGUUCGCCGCUCCUCGCUGCCCAGUGUCACGCCCAUGAUCACCGAUCAGCAGCUGGUCCAUCUAAAUGCGGCGGUGGCCAAUGCGGAGGCCCUGAAGACGGAACUCCUCGAUGACAGCAACUCGCACAGUCCCCUGACCGGCGAGUCCACGCCGGAUAGCCCGAAUGCAGCCCUGCAGUAUCAUCGCUUUGUGCGAAAGCCCAGCCUGGACACGAUUAUGUACGAUCAGUCCAACAGUCUGCCCGGCUUCCCGGCCGUUGUGGCACCGGCAACAGCUGCUGCCGUGGCCGCUGCCGUGGAUAUCGAUCCGGCCGCGGUGGCUGUGGCAGUGGAACUGGCCGUCAAGAAUGAGAUUGUAAAGCAUGUGGUGCAGCAGCAUCAGCAGAUGCAGGAGCAAAUGCAGGAACAGCAGCAGCAGCAACAGCAGCAGCAGCAGCAGCAACAACAGCAGCAGCAACCCCAGCAGCAGCAACAGCAGCAGCAGCACCAACAGCAGCAGCAACAGCAGCAACAGGUGCACAAAUUCAUCGAUGAGCUGACCAAAUCCACAUCGGUGGUUACCAGCAAUGGGACCAGUGAGCCAGCUCUGUUCACCUCGUCGGCGGUGAUUGAUCACGCUCUGACCGAUAUUCUGCAAGCCAAGGUGGGCAUUGCCCCGCCCAAUGUGGUGCUGGAGAGGAGCUUGUCCCUGAGCUCCACGAACUCCAGCAGUUCCAUGAGCGGCAGCGAGAGUUCCCCCAACAGUUCACCCCUGACCCAGGAUAUCAUACUCAAUUCAGAGCCGGCAGCAGCGCUGGCCGGAGCAGCUGCCUUGGGCGGCCCAUCGCCCGUCGAUGUCACCGGUGGCCUGUCCACCGAUAUCAUCAUGAAUCCCGCUGUUUCACCCUCGACGAUUUUGUGCUCCGCCAAUGGAGCGGCCACGGCAGUGGUGCCCAAUAUACUGGCACCCCAUCAGGUGACCAUGGCCAACUCCAUAUUGAACGACAUAGCCAUGCAGCCGGAACCCACACAGCAGGAUGCAGCGGUGGCUGCUUUGGCGCUGAGUAACAUCAUGAUGAGUCCGCCCACGGCGGCAUCGGGUGUGGGUGUGGUGGACGAGCUGCCACCCACGCCGGUGGCUAUGCAGCCCGAGGUGGCGGCCACUGCCACAUCAACGGCGGUGAGCAACAUGAUCAUCAAGGCAGCGGCGGACUUUAUAACCACCCAGGAGCAGGAGCAGCACCACUAUCAUCAUCAUGGUCGCGUCCACUCCCAUUCGCCCCAGGCAGCCGUGGGUGUGAGCGGUAAUCCCGCCGAGACGGCAUCAGAUCCUUUGGUCAAUUUGUUACUGAACCACUCAAACACACCGGAAACAGCGGCUGCUGCCGCUGCAGCGGUGGCUGUGGAGGCGGCCAAUUUCCAGUCGAUGAAUCACAGCCAUCACUCGCACCAUGGCCAUCAUGGUCACGGUCACAGUCAUGGCCACGGCCACGGACGCGUCACGGGACACGUUGCGGGCCAUGUGACUAGCCACCAUCAUGGCCACCACUUGCCGGUGGUGCCGCCGACACCACAAGAAUCUCUGAUCGUUGCGCUGGCCAGCGAGAAUGCGCUGCAAAAGUCGGUAGCCACCGCCGCGGUGACCACAAAUGGAGCUGUGAUGACGCAACAGGCAUCCGCACCCAAUACCGCCGGGAGCAUCCUGCCGGCAGCGGUUGGAGCGGUGGCUGCGGCGGCGGCAGUGGCGGUACAGCCGCCCAUUCCCCAGGAGCUGACCACGAUGUCGGAUCAGGAUUUGAUCAGCUACAUCAAUCCGAGCACCUUCGAUCAGCUUUAAACGGCUACAGAUCAACAAAUUAAACUAUUUGGACUUGUUUUUUUUUUUAAAUAACAAUAAAUGUCACUCCUACACAGGCUUAGGCUUAAGUAUAUAUGUAGUAUAUAGACCCACACACAAGCACACAAGAUUAGAUGGACUAAAGGUUUCAUGUGGACCAACUUUUUGACCAAGUGGAUGGAUUAAGAUCGGGAGAAGAGAGUAAAAACCACAAACACACCCACAUAUUAGUAGCUGUAGCUUUGUUUACGUUUAGGAAUAAACCUUACUCUAUAUGGAAUACCUACAUUUAUUUUUUUUUGUUUAUUUUUUUUUUUUGCUAAUUUAAUAUUGAUUUUUGAAAACAAUAAUCAACUUAUCUCAAGAGGUAAAUUUAUAACAAUGAUAACGACUGCCAUAUACCUACGAAAUAUAACAUGAACUCCCGAAAGUGAAGAAUGAAAAGCGAAAAUGAAAAUGAAAAUGAAGAAUUCAAAUAUCGACCGCAAAAAUCCAAAACUGAAGAAAGAACUAACUUUCAAAAAAAAUGUUGAUUACACUUUUUGCUGGAAAACAUAAUUUUCAUAAUGAAGUCUGAUUUGUAAACUUCCUUUUUAUUUGUUUGAGAAUUUAAGAUAUAUAUGUUUUAUAGUUAAAGCCUUACUGAACGUUUAGGCACUACAAAUUAAGCUUAAUUAAUUUUGGGAAAAUAAAAAAGAUAACGACGAAAAGAAAUUAUUAUUAUACAGUUAAUAAUUUAUAACAGAAAAAGAGUACAUAUUAUGUGUAGCUACGAAUAUAAUGAAUAUGCGAGAAAUUCCAAAAGACUUUUUUGAUUUAAAGAAAAUGCAAUUAUUAUUUUGUUUAUGGUUUAAUCAUUUUUAUUUUAACUUAUAUCGAAGGAACACACACAAAUAAAGAUGUAACUAAUGUUAUUACUAUUAUUAUUAUUAUUAAAUCGCUAUUAUUAUGAAUAUCCUUAAUGUUGAUAGUUGUUAUGUGUAGCGUUGUAAGCCAGAUAUGGGUGCAAUCCUAGCCCAUUUCCCCGUACGAAAAUAAGAGCCCACAAAACUGAAAAUAUAAGAAAGAACAAACCCCUCAAACCCAAACUACAUUGAGCAAAAAGCGAUCUAGAAUAUAGUACCGAUUGACGGUUGAAUGACCUUCAGCACUUGUUAAGCCAGCCCCAAAUAAAGAUCAAGACCGAGAGAACUCUGCAUUUGUAUGCCCAAUGCCCAA